AGGACAGCUAUAUGAGCCAAGAGAGCUGAGCAUCGGCAUCUGCUUCCAGAGACUGUCUCCAUACACCCUACUCUGACAUCAAAUGCCACAUUCCAGGGAUCCAUAUCCUUUCACCAGAUAUGAGAAUGAUGACACUUUUCAGGGAAAAGAAAUCCAGAGAACAACUGGUAGGAAAAGUCACAAUUUGCCACAAAAAGAAGACCCUUGGUAUCGACUAAAUUCUACUGCAACACUAUCCAGUGACAGGAGAGCAGUGUAUUACUAUGACCCUGAGGCUCCAUCUGACAGCUUGGAUUUUACAUUAAAGUCCCUGUAUGAUCACCAUAACGGUCUUCUAAAAGAUCGCAAUGAAACGUUGUAUCAACCGGAAACAUUAACAGAAAGUCAUGGAAGAAUUUUGAAAAACAGAGUGAAAGAGAUACCAGUUUCACAGGAGGAGAUACACUCUGUGAAACAGUGGGUUAGCCCUCAGAGAGCCAACAUGUAUAGCAUAAAUGGUGCUAUUGUGAGCCAUCAUGCAGCUGCUACAAACCGUGGAUAUUCUCGGAAACAGGAUGGAGGCUACUACAGUAUCUGACCAGCAAGAGCAAACAAAUUCUCUUGUGCUAAAAAAUAAACAUUGCAUCUGUCUGCCUACAAUAAAUAAUUUGACUGCAUAAUAAA